UGAAAUAGUAAUAAAAGGUUUCACUCAUUCACGUUACUUCCAGAUCCCUCACCGGCGACGGCAACGGCAACGGCAACGGCGACCGACGCUCUCUCUCCCAACAGCCUCAAUCACUGUCACUAUAACGGGUCAUGCUUGUUCUUCUACUUUGGUCAGAAAUUUCCCAUCCUUAGAUGAUUGUGAUUUUGCAUAGAGGAAGAUGAUAAGGCAAUUCCUCAUGAAGGCUCAACAAGGGCAUACUACAGUUGGUUUUCUUUUAUUUAACCAAAAGAGAUGGGUCCAUAGUAGGAACAAGAAGGCCAUGGAGUUUAUAGCCAAAGGGUAUGGUGCUUUGCAGGAAGUAGAUAGAGUCAUUGAUUAUGCUGAGUUCCAAGAUAAACGUCUUAUUCCUCUCCUCAGGACAGCAAAGGAAAAUUUUGAGUUGGCUCUAGAGGCUGACAACUCAAACACCCAUGCCAGAUAUUGGUUGGCAAGAUUGCAUAUGAAAUAUCAUGUCCCUGGAGCAUGUAAAGCAGUGGGUGCUGCAUUAUUAGUAGAAGCUGCAAACAUGGGUGAUAAAAAUGCUCAAUAUGAAUUGGGUUGCAAAUUGAGAGUUGAGAAUCCGUAUGUCAAUUCGGUUCAACAAGCUUUCUAUUACCUGGAGAAGGCUGCUGAUCAGUUUCAUCCAGGUGCCCUUUACCUCCUAGGAGCUGUAUAUUUGACAGGAGAUUGUGUAAACAAAGAUGUAGACUCAGCACUAUGGUGUUUUCAUAAGGCAUCCGAAAAGGGACAUGCUGGUGCAGCUAUAGCAUAUGGCUCUCUUCUUCUUAAAGGUGUUGAAAUACCCGAAUCUAUAGCCAAAUUAAGGUCACAAAAGGCGUUUUUAUAUAAAAGAGCGAGAAAAGACGAAGAGAUUUGUUCGACUCGUGAUCGAGUAGAGAUGGCGAAAGAACAAUUUGAGAUUGCAGCCAGAGGUGGUUGUGACUUGGGGUUAAGAUGGUUGGACAUACUUGAGAAGGAAGAAAAGCAAUUGCUUAGUAGAUAAUGCAUUGCAUAUACAAAUCCUUUUUUUGGGUUUUCUUUGCUAUGAUAUGACUAACCAAUAAUGUCAUUCAUUACACACUUGAUUGGUAUAGAGUAUUUUCUUAUGAGAAAUUUAUAUAAAUAUUUAACUCUUUUUUAUGGUUA